AAACAGUGACAGAAGAACAAGGAUCUGUCAGAGACCAAACCAGAAACAUUCUGGAACUUCAAGAGUGUUGAAGAAGAAGACAGGUGAUAAUUUGAGAGUUAAAAUGAGGGGCGAAGAAGGGAAUUCAGCUGAAGAGAAUCUUGAAACAAAAGAGGGAACUCCAUCUUCAGAGGAUGAGAGAUACAUUCACAAAGUUUCAGUUCCACCAAAGCAGAAACUGUUCCAAGAAAUCAAAUCUGGAGUGAAAGAAACAUUCUUCCCUGAUGAUCCUCUCCGUUCAUUCAAGGAUCAAACAAAUCGCCGUAAAUUUAUCCUCGGAACCCGGGCCGUUUUCCCUAUACUUGAAUGGGGAAGAGAUUACAAUAUCUCCAAGUUUAGAGGAGAUGUCAUUGCUGGACUCACCAUUGCCAGUCUCUGCAUUCCUCAGGAUAUUGGGUAUGCAAAGCUUGCAAAUUUGCCUCCAGAGUAUGGAUUAUAUUCAAGUUUUGUUCCACCAUUAAUCUAUGCACUUAUGGGUAGCUCAAGAGAUAUAGCCAUUGGUCCAGUGGCUGUUGUUUCUCUCUUGUUGGGGGCAAUGCUUCAAGCCGAAAUCGAUUCGGCUACGAACGCAGAAGAAUACAGACGGCUGAUUUUUACAGCUACAUUCUUUGCAGGGAUCACACAAGCCACCUUAGGAGUUCUAAGGUUGGGAUUCCUAAUUGACUUCUUGUCCCAUGCUGCUAUUGUUGGCUUCAUGGGGGGAGCUGCCAUCACCAUUGCUCUCCAACAACUCAAAGGCUUUCUUGGCAUAAAGAAUUUCACAAAGAAAACGGAUAUUAUCUCGGUUAUGCAGUCGGUAUUCGGCACGAUGCAACACGGAUGGAACUGGCAGACAAUAGUGAUUGCUGCAACCUUCUUAUGCUUUCUUCUAUUUGCAAAAUUCACUGGGAAGAGGAACAAGAAGCUGUUCUGGGUGCCUGCUAUUGCUCCACUCAUAUCUGUUGUUCUGUCUACCCUUUUGGUUUACCUUACUCGUGCUGAUAAGCAAGGGGUUGCAAUUGUGAAACACAUAAAGAGAGGAAUCAAUCCCCCAUCUGUGAAAGAAUUGUAUUUCUCAGGUCAAUACCUUCUAAAAGGGCUUAAGAUCGGUGUCGUGGCGGGUAUGGUAGCAUUGACGGAAGCCGUAGCGAUCGGAAGAACGUUCGCUGCAAUGAAAGACUAUCAAAUUGAUGGGAACAAGGAAAUGGUAGCAAUGGGAGUCAUGAAUGUUGUUGGUUCAAUGACUUCCUGCUAUGUAGCAACAGGUGAGAAAGAAAGAAAGAAACAAACAAAAGACAAUGUAUUAGAACAAGAACCUCAUUGUCAAAUGAUUGUGUCCCUAUCAUUGGCUGCAGGUUCAUUCUCUCGAUCAGCCGUAAACUACAUGGCUGGCUGCCAAACUGCAGUAUCCAACAUUGUGAUGUCCCUUGUAGUAGUCCUAACUCUGGCAUUCAUCACUCCACUUUUCAAAUAUACUCCAAAUGCAAUCCUAUCUGCUAUCAUUAUAAAUGCUGUGAUCAACCUGGUUGACUUGCAUGCAGCGAAGUUGAUAUGGAAGAUUGAUAAAUUUGAUUUUGUUGCUUGUAUGGGAGCCUUCCUCGGUGUCAUCUUUUUCUCUGUAGAGAUGGGGCUUCUAAUUGCGGUAUCCAUUUCCUUCGCCAAAAUCCUUCUACAAGUUACCAGACCACGGACUGCACUUCUUGGAAAGAUCCCAAGGACAACCGUUUAUAGAAACAUACAUCAAUAUCCCGAAGCAACCAAAGUUCCUGGCGUUUUGAUUGUGAGAGUUGAUUCAGCCAUUUACUUUUCCAACUCAAAUUACAUCAAGGAAAGGAUAUUGAGAUGGCUAGUUGAUGAGGAAGAAUUAACAAAAGAGUCCUACCAGAACAAAAUCCAGUUUCUAAUAGUUGAAAUGUCACCUGUUACUGACAUAGACACAAGUGGCAUACAUGCUUUGGAAGAGCUAAAUGGAAGUCUCAAGAAACGAGAAAUACAGCUGAUUCUAGCCAAUCCAGGGCCCGUGGUGAUCCACAAGCUUCACGCAUCAGAGUUUGCAGAUUUGAUAGGACAAGACCAUAUCUUUCUCACAGUAGCAGAUGCAGUAUCAUCGUGCAGUCCUAAGAUAAUGAACGAUGUUUGAC